AUGUAUGUUAAGGGUCGGGAGUUUAUCAAAGAUUCAACUUCGCAGAGUACUGUGACCAAUUCGUCGAGCUGCAGGGCUGCUUUGCCGAGUACUCUUCUCAGCGUUUCCUUGACAACAAACAACGAAAAUAAGACACAAAUCGACACUGUAGUUGACAGAGUCAUGGACAACAUAUUGAACCAAAGUUCCGACGUAUUGACCCAAGGUAGGCAGACUUUCUGUCCAUUCAGGGAGCAAAGCGUGACAGCAGCCCAAGCCUAUGAAACAGCAUUUGACUUCCUAAACAUGAAUACAGGCAGAGAUUGCUUCAGUUUGAUUGACUGGCUUCAAAGCAUAAUGGAAUGUUUUGAAAAAGAAACUUUGACUGUCCCUGCGUUAUUAGAGGUCACCGUAGAAAGAAGUGAGUCUGAUCCUGACACAACCCAGAAAGUUACGUCGACAAAGAUUAUAAAGAAGAUGGGAAAUAAGACUAUAGCUGGGAGAGAAAAUGUCAGGAAAGAGAUGCAGAGACUUGUUUGUAGUUUCGCCUCAUAUAUCAAACAUAAGGAGAGGGGAAAGAAAGACCGUAGGGCGAUAGCUUCAGCAACAAUGCUCCUUAGACCAUUCUUACAUAUAAUAGAGUCGUUUCAUCUGGAACUAUCGAAAGGUUUAAUGGGUUCUACCAUAUCGAUUGGAGGGGAAGAGAAAAAGGCUAAAAUAACUUCAAAUAUGGAGGUAACUGCCUUAGACACAGAAUUGGCAAAUCAUGUUUCUCAAGGUACUGAGGAUGCCACAAAGUGGAAUGAGUGCCUGUCACCAGCAAUAUUCUACUUGAUGCACCACUAUAUGUUCGAACCGUCCUUACGAGUGGCUAACCUGGUCCCCUUGCACUCAAGAAUGGGAAUAUUAUUUCUUAGCAUUUGCAAAUACGGUCACUUGUUUCAAUCAUGGAAGCGAAUCCAGAUAGGUCCUGGCCCGAUUGUCAAAAAUAAGGACUCAUAUACUCGGAUAUUAUGGGUAGAUGAACAUGAGAAAUCUAUGAAUGAGAGGACUAAGUCUUGGUAUAUUAAGCUUAAGGACAAGAUAACUGAAGAUCGGAAAUAUUUCAUGUCCAGCCCUGGUAUGCUCAUGGGAAUGUUGAAUGCAGCUAGCACAACAAUAGGCCUAUUGCCUAUGAAUUUCUUAAUGCAAAGAAAUAGCAUGAAAGUUGUGUGUAUGCGAUCAAGUGAUGACUCUACCACAAAAUAUUUAUCAAAUAGUGCAGAAAACAACAAACUUUGUGUUAUUAGGAACAAACAAAAUUUGUCAUUGAUAGGGAUAAACCUUAGUCCAGAUAAAACCUUUUUCUUGCCAGAGGGAAUAGCAGAGUACACUUCUUGGUAUAUCGAUGGUAAAUUUGUGUCACAAUAUGGGACUGAAGUUCCGAGCAUUAGACCACAGGGGAAAAGUCCUUACGACGACCUAUAUGCUAUUGCUAAAGGUACCUCAACUUUGCUUCAGACCCUUGUAAUAAACCACCUUGGAGCAACUGCUAGAAUCAGGAUUGGAAUAUCUGCAUGCAAGAAAGUGUGGAGACUGAAAGAAACUGGGUCAAAUCUCAGAGAGGGAGUUUCCCCUAAAGUACAACUCAUAGAAGAUGGGGGCCAGAAUCUCUGGAAUUGUGUGAAUUGCCACUUGAAUGAAAUUGCGAUGAAAAGAAGACUUGUUACCACCGAUGAAGAAAAUGAAUACAUGUAUAUAAUCACAAAUCCUGACAAUCCGAAGAUUGCAGGUUCGUGUCCUGUCACGGUCGCCACUAUGUGA